AUGAACUCACUCUCGCCACAACGCACCGGGCCGGCCAGGCGCUACAACAGGUCGCGAUGCGGAUGCUUGACCUGCAAGCGCCGCAAAGUGAAAUGCGAUGAGCAGCGGCCAAGGUGCUCCCAUUGCGAACGUCUGAAUCUCGAGUGCAAAUGGCGACCGCUUCACGCUUCUGCGUUGGCAAAGCAACGGCAGGACAUCAAUGGCGAGAGCGACGUCGCGUCUUUGAGCCAUCCACUGGACGUAUCGCCAUCUACUGAUCCAUCGCCCACGGCAACUGGUUUGCGGACUCUGCAGGCUAUGGAUGAGGUGUUUGACUACGCGAGCUUCAUGUGGGAUCCGGGCAGCAGUCUGUGGCAGCAGGAGAGCCCUAACAUGGCGAUGCCCACGAAUACGAUGGCAAUCCAAAACAACGGAGACAAAGCCAUAGAUCAAAAUGCAUUCACCUCGAGCGAGAAACUGAUGGACUUUUUUGCCAAAUCUGCUACUCCGCCAAUCCUUGCUGGGGUCGAAUCCCAGAAGAAAUGGUUAUCCAUUCGUCAGAGUCUCGUCGCAAUGUCCAAGAGCUCUCGCGUCCUACGUUGUGCCAUCUUGGCAUUCUCAAACACUCUUCUAUGCCGGAGUAAUCUGUCGUGGGCAUUUGACGACCAAAGCCACUAUCAAGAAGCGACCGUGGAAGUGGAGGCCCAAGGUCACGACGACUCUCUCACUGGACAUAGCCUGGCUCGCGAAUGCCUGCUCGCCGCCCUGUUCUUCCUGAGCUAUGUCGGCAUCAUUGAAAGCAGGCUCGAUACUGCUCACCGAUACCUGAAACAAGCGUACACGAUUUUUCAGAAGGGAGACAAGGCCUCGUUCUCCCAUGUGGAGAAGCAAGUCCUUCUCUGGAUCCGGCUGCUGGAUGCUCGCGCGGUGUCUGCCGGGGGUGAAGGGCUGUUCUUAUCCCAAGACGAUGAAAUGGGACUCGUAGAAGCCUCGCCUGCGAGUUUCGACGCCGAGACGGAUGAGGGUUCGAGGCGGGAGGAUGCUUCUUGUGAUGACAUUGAGGACGUUCUGUUCCAAGUACUCUAUCAGCCCGGCAUUGUCUUUUUCCAAAAGGUGCAGAGCUUCAUGGGCCGCAUCUCCAAGAUCGAUCCUUGGCACCGAUCAAGAGGCACCGUGGAAGACGAGAUCGAGGUCAUGAACAUUGGCGCCUCCAUUGCCGCCGACUUACGAACGCUGUAUGACCAGCGCCCGCCGCUGAUGGACUACGCCGUUGCAGGCAAGCUGUCGGAGCCUUACAUCUCAGCAAACCUGGCCUUUACCAUCACAAGAGCCUUUCGCACGUACUUGUCCAACUAUUACGCCAGCAAAGUGCAUCUUCACCGCGUUGCGUACAAACACCUGCCGCUGACCAAGGAGGCGACCGAUGCGCUUGGGCAGAUUCGCAAGCUCGCGCACCAGAUCUCGUCGGAUCUGGCUCCUGAGGAUUCGCUGCCGGUGAACAUGCUCUGGCCGCUGCUGAUGCUGGGCGUGGAAGAGCAGGAUCCGGACGAGAAGGCGUGGAUUCGAGCGCAGAUUGUGAGGAUGGAGGGCGUUGCUGGGAAUGCGAGAAUAACGGCGCAGGUGUUGGAGGAGGUGCAGGCUCGUCAGGAGGCGUCCAAGGCGCGUGCGGAUAUUCGAUCUGUGAUGCAUGCGGUUUUCAAUUCAUGCUUUGCCAUCUUGUGA